UAGAGGGAAUGUCCUGGGGGCAGGAAGGGAGGGGGGAAGAUGGAGAUGUCAAAAGGAAAGACCCGAAAUAUUUGAAUAAAGGGAGAGGAAGGGAGAAAGCAUCCCCCAUAACCCAAAAGUAGAGGCAUCAAAAGGGGGGGUCCUAAUCAGUAAUCAACCACUGGGGGUCAGGUCUAAGACAAGAGGAACUACCUCUCACUCAAGGUUAGAAAAAAAGGAAGGAAAGGAAAGGCGGUGCAAGAUUGUGGCACCCAAUAAUGAUCAAUUUGCAUUCGACAUACAUCUAUCCCUAUCUGUCUCAUAUGUAUCUGUGGACCCCUCCUUCUGUUCCAACCAGCGGCGCCAUUAGUCUCUUUACUUAGUUUCCAAGCUCACCCACCUCCUCUCUCUCUCUCUCUCUCUCCACACCCAUUCUCCCAUAUAUAACAAUAAAUAAACAAAUCAAAACCCCUCCUCCCUCCCUUCUCCACUUCCCUCUCCACUCCUCUCUAUGCCCUGUUAGUAUUUUAUUACAAUAAUCAUCCAAAUCCAAUCAUAGACUCGCUUGGGAUUGGUUAACCAUAGAAUAUUGAGAGAUAAUCAAAAAAGAAGAAAGGGAUGAAAGGGGAAUACGUAGAGCAACAACAUUCUAAGACCGAAACGCCUACUAUGUUCUCAAAGCUUCAACCUCAACCCUUCUCUCACAACCCUUUCCAACUCUCCACGGAAGAAGAUAACCGGGCCGCCGCCACACCCAACACUGCCCAUAAGCCCAACUCCUCUGGCGACGGUGCCACCAUUGAGGUUGUCAGAAGGCCCAGGGGCCGUCCGCCCGGCUCCAAAAAUAAGCCCAAGCCACCCGUUAUCAUUACCCGUGACCCUGAACCCGCUAUGAGCCCUUACAUUCUCGAAGUAUCUGGAGGAAACGACGUCGUCGAGGCCAUCGCGCACUUCAGUCGCCGCAAGAACAUGGGCAUCUGCGUCCUCACCGGUUCCGGAACCGUUGCUAACGUCUCUCUCCGUCAACCGUCCACCACUACCGGCGCCACCGUUACUUUUCACGGCCGUUUCGAUAUUCUCUCCGUUUCCGCCACCUUCCUCCCCCAACAAUCCGGUGCGUCGCCGGCGGUUCCCAACGGUUUCGCCAUCUCCCUCGCCGGACCUCAGGGGCAGAUCGUCGGAGGACUUGUCGCCGGGGGGUUGAUGGCUGCGGGGACGGUGUUCGUCAUAGCCGCUUCGUUCAACAACCCAGCGUAUCACAGGCUGCCGCCGGAGGAAGAGGGUCGGAACUCGGCCUCCGCCGGCGAGGGACAUUCGCCGCCGGUUUCGGGGGGCGAAAGUGGGCAUGCCCAAGCCGAGUCUUGUGGAAUGUCCAUGUACAGCUGUCAAAACUAUCCCUCAGAUGUGAUUUGGGCUCCGACAGCAAGACCACCACCGCCGCCACCUUAUUGAUCAAUCACACGUUGUUUGAUACUGUUUCUUUCUUGGGUUAUUGUAAUCAAUUCUAUAUGCUGUUCUUUUCUGGGUCUGUUUAAUUCAGUUUAAUUCAAUAUAACUGGUUUAGUUGAAAUCUUUGGUAUAAUUAUAAAUGGGAACACUAGUUUAGAGUUGUGGUUACUAUUGGAGUUAUGUAGCUAGGGGGGUUUAUUUUCGGCGCCAACUGUAACGCUGCCUCUUCACUUUCUUCAAUGGUUACUGUUUACCGGUAAUUACUAGUGAAUUUGUUUGGUUGUAAUUUUUUUAAUUAUAAUGAUUAGUGGAUUUAUAACGAGGGAAAAAAGAAAAGCUGCAAAAUGAUGCUUGUAAGGAAAGGAAAGUCGGAAAUGGGUUAUGCUGGUUACCCUUUCUCUAUCAAGUUGAGAAUAGGCCUUUUAUCUAAAGGGCAUGUGGUGUUUACUGUUUACACGUUGGUUACUAUGUGGAUGGUUU